CAGCCGAUAGUUAACGAUUUGGCAGCAAACAAUGCCUAAUAUUUUAUAUGAUCGUAUAGAAACAGCUGCGUACAUAUUGGCGAAAAUCGCUAGAUAGGAAGAGCGCCCCUUGACCUCGAUCAGGCCACUAUAAAAGCCCAACCAAAAUCCGACAUCACCAUCAAUCAACAAUACCCAAUCAACAAAUCCACUAUGAGAGCAGCAACUAUCAUCUCCGCCAUCCUCGUCCUGGCAGCCUGCCUUUUGAGGAGCAGCGAGGCGGUGACCUGCACCGCUGACCCCACCGUCACUGGAUGCAUCAACUGCACCACCAGUCCAACCGAUCCUGAGUGCGUGGCAGAGGCAGCCGCCGACACCCCCACCACAAGCACCACAUCCACAGUGGCUCCAGCCACGACCACUGUUGCGACCACCACCACCGCUCCAACGACAUCAACCGGAACCGGAAGUCGAAAGAUCGUCCGCGUUAGCAACCUGCGCUACUCCGUCAACCGUCGCAUUCGGAUCAACACCACUCCCCGCUCCACCAGCUCCGGCGGCCGCUCUGGCAGGCGCUCCACCAACACCAACAGGAACCGCAACCGCAGGCGCAGGAACAACAACAACAGGCAGGGUAACUCCAGGAGCAGGCGCGGAAACGUUCGCGUAGUAGUUGGUUAAAAAUGGUCAAAAUGGUUAGAAUUGUAAAAC